AUUAUCCGGUGUCAAGCCUUUCACAUGAAGUUAGGAAUGCUGCUGGGUUGCUUGUGACAGGGUGGGACAGAUACACAAGUUUAAACAGUUGUCUCACUGCAGAGUCACGCUCAUUUCCUCAUUACACUACAUGUUGGCAGUUAUGGAUUCAAACGUCUUGUCCAGUCUUGUGUGUAUUUUGUGUGUGGCCGUGGUCCCGGCUGUAUGGGCCGAGUACUGCACCAGCUACACGGACAGGAGUGGUGUUUCCCAUAGAACACAGCAAUGUACUAUGAGUUACUGCUGUGGAGACUGCACCUACAAAUACUGCUGCAGGGACCAGGCACAACGCCUAACUCAGUCCCAACAGGAACGCUGCUCAUCAAGGACUGGUGUCAAUUCUAAUAAGACCAACCGCCUUGGUGUACUUUUGGGAAGCAUCUUGGGGUCUGUUUUUCCCAUCAUCCUCUGUGUGGGCCUCAUCAUCUGUUGUGUGGCCCCUUGCUGCUUGUGCUACAAGAAAUGUCGAAAAGGAGGCAACCGAUCGCAUACAGUGGUCCAGCCACCCGUGCAGCCACACUCGCCAGGCGGAUAUCAGCCAGGUGGUUAUCAGCCAGGCUACCCAGGCUAUCAGCCGGUGCCAGGGUUUGGAGGCCCCAUGCCGCCUGCACCGCCACCAUAUAACAAUCCAGGUUAUCCUCAUCCUGCUCCAUACAAUCCAGGGAUGCCGAUGUACCCGCUCAACCCUCACCAGGUUUAUGCAGAACCACCACAAUCAGACGAGCAUGUGCAGCCACCCUACAACCCCUCUUAUGAACCAAACUCCCAAACCUCAUAGUUUACAAAAUUCUUGUGGAAAUGUGAAAUGCAUGUGGAUUAUGUUUUGCUGAUAUACUGGGAAGUGCUUUUCAGGACGUCAGAUUAGAGUUGUAUCAACCUUGGGAAAUCUUCCUGCUGUUGCUUUUAUGGGUGAACUGCUUUAAAUAAUAGCUUCGGUGAUGAUCGAUUGUUUUGCAGUAUUCAAUUAAAAAAGAAAAUGCUUUUAAAGAGAAACUACACUGUUAGAAUAGAAUAGAAUAGAAUAGAAUAGAAUAGAAUAGAAUAGAAUAGAAUAGAAAUACUUUAUUAAUCCCUGAGGGGAAAUUGGUUGGUUGUUACAGCCCACCACCAUAAAUACGGGUUAAUAGGCAAAAUUGUGCUGUAAAUAAGAUAAGCAAUAAGAAACAUAUCAAAUGCAAAAUGACCUGUAAAGACUAUACACUUGUUACAGUGUUUUACGUGUUUAAAUUUGUGUUGAAAAGCAAAGGAAGUUUAGUGGACAGAUACAAGUCCAAAGUGCUUUUUAGUCAGGAAAGAGAAACAUAAGAGCAACAGUUACAUGAAAACUAUGAUUAUUCAGAGAGUUAAUUUUUAAUGAUUUUUUGAUAUUUCAAACAAGGUCACCUGCAGUGAACAUUACUUGAAGUAUUGCACUCAUUCCUGAUUUAAUUUCUUACCUUAAAAUUAUGCCGUGCCAUUCAAACAAUGAUGAAACACUGCACAGUUUAACCCAAUGUGGAGCACUUAAACCCUCAAAUGAACAGAAAAGUGUUGUUUGUUGUACAAUACUUUAUUGGUUACAGUGUUUAUUAGACUAUAUCCAUAUGAGCUGACUUUGCAUGUCUCUACUGAAUGCUACAGUGUGGUGCUUCAUUUCUUUUAGCACUUAUAAACAAACUCCUUCGGCUAACAUGGUUAAAUAUUUUUGUCUUUGUUUUAGUAAACUCUGCCUGCCAACAGAGGUCGCCUUUGCUCCAAUUUUAUUUUGUAAAGAAAGUGAAACUGCAUUUUCCUGAAUAUGGUUUUAAAAGUAGACAACAUAACUCAGGCUCAUUGCUAUCAUAGACUGUAUAAUAUAAUAAUAACUAAGCAUAUCUUUAAUGGAGUUUAAACUGUAAAUGCAUAAACUCUGUAAAAGCUCAUCCAUAAAAAAACAGACCCACUUCCCCUUAGUUACAGCAGUAGAACUCUAAUCUUUCAAAAACUAUAGCACUAAUGCAUGACACUCAUCUCUGGAGACUGGGAAGUUCUUGCAUUUUCAUCUUCUGUGAAGCACAUUCAGUCUUUCUGAAGAGCACUUGGAUUAUUACAACAAACUUUGUUAUCCUGUCGUCCUAAACUAAGAAUAAACCAGUUUGUUUUUGGGCCAGAUAAUGAGCUGAGACUUGAUUCAAAGCUCUGUAUAAGUUUGGGAAAGCUGCAGAUUCAGGUGAUCAUUCUGUAAAUUUACUGCUACAAGGGGCACGCAAAUGUGCUUUCACUGACAUGCUGGUUAAAUGCAGCAGUGCAACAAGUUCAUUUAAGGUUCUUUGGUGAUGACAUUUGGGCUAAUGUAACAUUCACUGGCAAGUGGGAACUCAGAUUUCUUACUCAAUACCUGAGGUAAGGUUGGGUGAUGUUCGAUUGUAUUAACUGGAGUGAGACAGUGACAAAGAUGCUCUGUUGUGUUUGAUGGUAAAGUAAAGAGCAGGUAGACUAGAGAAGGUUAUGUCAGACAGGAGAGCUGAGGCAACCUUGCAAUAACCACAGAGGUUUCUCAGCUCUCAGUCAACACGCUUUUCGUUCCUCUUUCGCUCUUCUGUUUCUUUGGUCGAGUGAAUGACGUGUGUUGGAGAGUACUUGAUGCGUUGAAUGUAUGGAGAUCAAAAAUUACGUAGUUUCAAGCUCUAAUUUCACACCACUGAAGUACAUUGAAUAAAAAUAUCUAGUAUCUA